CUUACAAGGGCCUUAUUACUUGUUCAUUAAUGGUUAUUACAAGGACCUUAAUAUAAAGCGUUACCGAAACUUUUCCUGCGCCGCUGCAUUUGUGAUUUCGACAUUUCUGAGUGACCCUGAACGCAGCAUGGUAACCCAUGUCGUUGUGUCAGCGUAGCGGAGUGUGUGUGUGUGUGUGUGUGUGUGUGUGUGUGUGUGUGUGUGUGUGUGUGCUGCAGUCGGACUCAGUGGCGGUGAGAGCUGGUUGUGUUCAGGCUGCUCGGAGCUCCAGCUUCUCCCCGGGAACAUCUCAGUUUUGCGCCCGCCGCUUGCGUCGCUUCAGCCGGAUUCUAAUGAAAGUUUGAUCCGCUGAUCUGCCGUCAUGACUCCCCGCUGUUGCUCCCUCCCCGUCCCCCCUCCCCCAACUCCAUCAUGCCCAUCCUCAAAAACCUCCCAGUGCGUCUGAAAGGCGGCGGUCCGACUCUAGACAACGCGUUGAUCCUGCGCAGGAUGAGCCUCAACAUCACCCCCAGCCAUCACCACCACAACCCCUUCGACAAUGACGACAGCGGCGACCAAUGGACGCCCGGCAGCUCGCUGCUGGACGGGAAUGUGCAGAGGGACCGCAACCCGUUCGAGGACGAGGAGGACGAGAACGAGGCCAACGAGGGGAAGAAGGGAGGCGGAGGUGGAGGCGGAGGUUCGGUGAAGGGCUCGUUCAAGUUCAAGUCCCCGCUGAAGACUCUGGGGAAGCUCGGGAAGAACCUGAGGCUGUCGGGGAGGAGCAAAGGAAGUGAAACUCCUUCUCCCCAAGGCACACCCUCACCAGCAGAGAAGAAGAAGAGGGGGAGGAGGAGCUCUGAAGGAAGUCUGCUGAGGUUUGCGGGGAAAUACCGGGACACACUGGGCUCCCGUAAGGAGUCUCUCACCAACGGGGAGCUGAAUGGUUCGGAGAGUGAGUGUGACUCCGUCAGCCGCCGCAUCUCCUUCAUGAAGAUGGUCGGCCUGGGGAAGCUGAAGAGGGAGUCCAUGAACGACUACUCGUCUCAGGGUCCCGAGGAGCAGCCGGUGCAGGAGGAGGUGGUGGAGGAGGUCAAACCCAGAGAGCCACUGUCAGUCCUGGAGAUCCUGCAGCUGGUGAAGAAGCGAGACCUCCUGUUGGCCGACACUCACAUCCUGGAGCUGGAGCAGGAGUGUAAUGAGUCCAUGGCGGCGGAGCAGCCGGAGGACGUCACCAGCCCCAGCCUCAAAGAUGGCGGGCGGAGGAAGGCGAAGGACGUGGAGCUGCUGUACGAGGAGCUGCAGAAGGAGCUGUGGGCCGUCGUCAGGGAGUCUCUGCGCUCCCCGACGGCCGGGCCCAACCUGGGCCUGGUGGUGCAGGUGCUGCAGCAGGAGGAGCAGGUGGAUAGAGAGUGGGCCCUCAGCGAGGCUGCGGCCCCCGGGGGCCCGAGGCCUCGCAGUCUGAAGCAGAGGUGGAAGGAGGCGGUGGAGGAGGCGGCCGACGGCUCCCUGCCUCAGAAGGCCGAGUUUACAGCCGGGGAGCUGGCUGGAUACCUGGACCGACUCCGAGCCCGGGUGGUGGAGGACCUGGGGGCCGCCAAGAGGAACGUGGUGUCCAUCUACCCCGAAGAGUACCAGCCCUUUCAGGUGUACGUACAGAGCUACCACCAGGCGGUGGCGAGACGACUGGAGGCCAUCACUGACAACCAGCUGGAGAUCACCGACAUCUACUCGCUGCUGGACUGGCUGCACAACAUAUACAACAGAGACGUUCUGGGGACCGUGUGUAUUACGAGUCCCUUUAGCCGUUCUGAGCUGAGUCCCCUGCUGCCUUCAGAGACCGUGGACCGACUGGAGCUGGACUGUCUCAACUCUGUCAGGGCUAAAGUGACCACGGAGCUGAGCCAGGUCCUGGACGACGAGGAGAAGAGAUGGAUGGAGACGCUGCACAUCGAGGAGUAUCAGAUCACUCUGGCCAAGACCGUCAUACAGAGGCUGCAGGUGGAUCUGGAGCGUUCUGCCUCCAUCAACAGGAGUUUAGGCUCCAGAGUGGCUCAGUGCAGCCUCAACGGCCUGGCUGACUUCCUGUACAGUUUCCAGCGUAAAGUUGAGAUGUUUCAUGAGGGGAUGCAGAGCGGCUUUUUUGGGGAAAACGAGGACGGAUACGUGUCCAAAACCAUCGCACUGGUCAACUGCUGUCCUCCGUUCAGGGGCUUCGUGCAGCGCUGUGCUCAGUGCGAUCCGUCGGUCAGUGAAGACUCUCUGCGUCGAGCCAACAAAGCUUUGGAUCACAUCGUCCAGCAGGGAGUCAGAGUCCUGUCAGAACGCCUCUACCUGCACAUCAGGCCGUUCUUUGAGCGCCUGGUGAAGAGGAAGUGGCUCAGUAACACGGAGCCGUAUGAGCAGAUCGAAGCUCUCAUCAAAGAAUACUUUAAGAAGUACCACAGGAUGGACAGUCCCCCGCACCAGCUGCUGGUGGCCGAGGUGCACCGCCGCGUGGUGACGGAGUAUCUGCGCUCGGUGAUGCGAGGCAGAAUUAUCUGCACCUCCAUGAAGAUGAGGAAGAGGAUGGCCGGCCGACUCAGAGACGAAGGCAAACAGAUCAAAGUCCUCUUCAAAGACCUGGAGUCUCCGUCCAGCUGGUUAGACAGCGCCCUGUCUCACAUCUCAGAGAUCAUCCAGCUGGAAGACGUCCCGUCCAUCCAGAUGGAGGUCGGAGUUCUGGUCCGAGAGUUUCCAGACGUCAGGAAGAAGCACGUGUCGGCCAUUCUGAACAUCCGGGGGACGACUCGGCAGGCGGAGCGCCAGGAGAUCCUCAACAUCGUCAAAGACAUCGAGAGCAGCGGCGAGGAGGGCUCGGCCCGGCUGACCCGGGACCGCGCCGUCUUCUCCGAGGUGCCCGUCACCUCCGAGGUCCACUGCCUGAACGUGGGCCUGAGCCGCAUCGCCCUCACCGCCUCGUCCUGCUUCACCACGCUGCGGCCGCGCCCGCGCAAAACCAGAACGCCCGUCCAGGAAAACCCCGACGACGUUCUCUGAACAGACGACCUGAUUAUCAUCAGCCAGAUGUUUCCUGCUGCUUUAAAGGAAUCCACCAAAGAAAUGUUAUUUUCUCUCCGUUUGUGGAGUGGAGACUUUAAAACUAAUAUCAACUUAUUAAUCAUUUUAUCUCUUUGAUUUUAGUUUCAUGAAAAACUUUGACACUUUAAUCGUGUGAGCAUCACUGAGAGGACAACUGUGGGUGCAGACAGAGAAUAUGCGGACGAAUUAUUAGAUAAUUAUAAUCACAGCGGCAUCAAACACUUCACUUCUCCACAGACGGAGAAUAGAAAAAAUUCUCUUUAUUGAAACGUGACAAAACUGGUUUGAAAUGAGAAAGUUCUGGAAGCUCUAAGAGGCUAAAUCUAUUAUUCCAUUUUCUAAAUCUGAUUUAAAUUGUUGGUUCUUCUACUGUGUUUAGGACUUGAGAAGAACUGGUGAAAAAAGGUUUUGGUCAGAAUAAUAUUUCUAAGUACAAAUAUGUUUUAUCUGAUGGGUUUUUUGCAAUCAGGAUCAUUUUGUGUCUGUUGUUGUAAUUAGCCGUGUUUCCACUAGGGGAGGAAGUGGCCACGCCCUCUCUAAAGUCCGCUCACUCUGCGUGUCUCCACUACAAGUUAGCCUCCAGAGGGAUUUAGAGACUCAGGAGGUGACGUUUGGUUUUCACCAUCACUAACUGUGCACAACGUCAGCAGCUGAAAGCAGCAUGGCUAAUUAUGCACAGAGUCUCCGCUGAUCAUAGACAUAGUGAUUGUGAAUUAACGACAUCGCUAACUGUGCACAGAGUGUCUGGUGCUUGUUGUAAACAAACAGAGAUCGCUAAGUGAACACCUCCUGUAGCAGCAGCACAUACACACUGUACUGCUACAGAGCUAACUGUUAGCCUGUUAGCACAUACACACUUUACUGCUACAGAGCUAACUGUUAGCCUGUUAGCAUAUACACACUUUACUGCUACAGAGCUAACUGUUAGCCUGUUAGCACAUACACACUGUACUGCUACAGAGCUAACUGUUAGCCUGUUAGCAUAUACACACUUUACUGCUACAGAGCUAACUGUUAGCCUGUUAGCACAUACACACUGUACUGCUACAGAGCUAACUGUAGCUAACUGUCGCUAACGGCGGCUCUUCUUAACGAGCCGGCUCGUGGUCUGAAAAGUUGCUUACUUUAGCAACAAAGUCUCUAAAUUGGGAACACUGCUUCAGCGGCUUUUACAAAUGGCGUGUGUUGUUGUUGUGUAGAGUACUACGUCACAUCCCGCUUAGAGAUCUAUCCAAUCAGU